AUGUACAAAUUGGUACCGGUCGGAAAUUUUCAAAAAGCUCUAAUUCACUUACCCGCUUUUAUUUCCGAUAAACAUGCUCGAUUUCAUUUGUAUGCCAAGUCUGUUGCUCUGUGCACGGUGGCCGGUAGCUUAGGAUGGUUCGGAUACCAAAUCCAUCAGACGGCUUACUCUAUUCGAAACAUUGUUCAAAAAGAUGCUUUCUUGCUGAACAACCACAAAACGCCAGAGUAUAUUUUCUUGAAUAAGGCUCUGUAUACAGAUCUCGAUAAAUACCGUAUCAUCGACAGUAACGGUCUACUGCAACCGACAAAUCCACUUGUAUAUUUUUUCCAGACAUGGGACAAUAUAAAGUUCAAAAAAGCCGUGAAACUAUUGGAAUUGGGCAAUAAGUGUAAUAAUCCAAACAUUUCUUUAGCGGCCACUCAUCGUCUAGCGACAAUGGCUUAUUUGAAAGAUGCUGAUUGUCAAGACAUAGUGCAGAUGAGCAAAGCACAUACUAUGGUUGGUUUUGCUAGGACUAAUAAUGUACAUCAGAGUUUUUUUUUACCUACUCAAAAAUCUCGUUGGACUAAAAACGAAACUUUGAGUAAAUUGCGUGAACUGUUGAUUAAACUAAACGGAAUGAGUGAGCACACGUGUCUGUCUUUUUUUGUUGCUUUUGCAUUUAAAGAUCACACACACGAGUAUUUUCAUCCAGAAGACGUACCACCCGAUUUUAGGAGCAUGCACGUGGACAAUGAUAAUAUAUUCCAGUUAUGUAUUAGUGCAUUACGUCAUCAUUGUAGUAAUGAAAAAAAUGUAACAGAUAUGGUAAAACAAGGUGGAUUACUUAUUUUAAUGGCCAUCUACCAACUAUUAAAGGACGAUCAAAAUAUAGCUGAAGAGAUCAGUCAACUAUUAACAGCUGCCUCUUUGUAUUCAAAUCUUUGCGAAGAUAUCUUUCUAACAGGAUGGAUCAGUGUGCUGUUUGAUUGGAAAAACCACCACAACUUUAGAGUUAAGUCGUGGGCCAACACAACACUAUUAAAUUUAGACAAUAAAGAUCCCGUUAAUGGUAGUAACCUCUACAGCAAAAACACAGUUUUGUUGUACCCUAAAAACCGAAACCAACAAGAUGCCAAAAUCGAUGUUGUCCUCGUUCACGGUCUAUUGGGUGGUGUCAGUUUCUCUUGGCGUGAAAAAGAUCUGCACACCAACAAACCACUUGGAAUUCUCGGUAUGCAAUUUAAAAAAUAUUGAUAUUAUAAAAAAUGCAUUGAUCCAAUAUUCUGUUUAGGGGCUUAUAAAUCUGAAACUCUGAGAUCGUAUACUUCAUUAAAAAAGUCCGUUGGUGAAGAUAUACAAGAUUAUUUAGAAAAUUAUACUGAAGUGGAAGAUCGGGAAUGGGACGAAAUCGGUAAUGACUUUGAAUUCGUAAUGAACGAUUUGCCUAUUAAUGACAAUAUCAAAGGAAACGAACCCUACACAUUAGACGGAUCUUUAGCGACAGUACGAAAAAAUGCCUCGUGUGAAGGGUACAGUCAGUGUUGGCCGUCUGACUGGUUACCCAUAGACCAGGAUGGUCUUCGUGUAGUUGGUGUUAACUAUAGUUCGACUUUAUCCGAAUGGUUGCCUUCAUGUCCUUUAAAAUCAAGAAAACAGCGAACACUAGAAGGACGAGCUGAAAAGUUAAUGAAUCAACUGUUAGCGAUUGGUAUUGGAGACAGACCAGUGAUAUUUCUUGCACAUUCUAUGGGUGGACUUCUUGUAAAAAGCAUGUUGGUUGCGGCACGUAACAGUAGUGACCCAAAUGUGAGAAAACUUUUUGAGAAGACACGUUCAGUAUUUUUUUUUAGCACUCCUCAUCACGGUUCUCCGUUGGCCACUCUCAACACUGCGUAUAGAUUUAUUUUGUGGCCAUCAGUCGAAGUAGAUGAACUUAGAACUGAUUCGCCAAAAUUAGUGUCUCUUCAUGGCGAAUUUCUUAAAUGCUUAGAAGAAAACCCAAUGAAAAUAGUGACUUUUGCCGAAAGUCUUCCAACAGAGUUCACUGCUUUGAAAGUACCGAUUUUAUGUGUUCCUGUUCAAGCAGCCAACCCUUCAGUUGGAGAGCUUUAUGAAUUGCCGUUGAACCACAUGUCUAUCUGCAAAGCCGAAUCUAAGUUGUCAUUUGUUUACCAAAAAACUUUGUCUGUGAUAAAUACAAUUGCUGCUUACAGUAACUAA